UUGCUGGGAACUCUACGUUCCACGGGAUAAACCACGUGUUCACGUCGGGGCGCUGUAGUGUUCGCCGCGUGCUGUGGGGCCUCGCUUUUCUCACGUCCUUCGGACUGUUGGUUCACCAGGGCGUCGACCGAGUCAUCUACUUUUUCCAGUACCCGCACGUCACCAAACUGGACGAACUCGAGGCCCAGAUGAUGUCGUUCCCGGCCAUCACCAUCUGUAACCUGAACCCCUUCCGGUUCUCUCAGAUUACGAAGAACGACCUCUACCACAUGGGCCACGCCUUCGAGAUGCUGAAGCGGGACAAGACGCUGGCACACAGCACCUACAUCGACCCGGAACAUCUGAGGGUGCUGAGACAGCUGUCCGACUUCAACAACGACUUCACACCCACCAAGAGUUUCAGUAUGAAGGAGUUCUACGACCGAGCAGGUAUCCAGAUAGACGAGAUGCUGCUAAAGGGCAGCUAUGAGCUUCAGUAUGAAGGAGUUCUACGACCGAGCAGGAGCUUCAGUAUGAAGGAGUUCUACGACCGAGCAGGUAUCCAGAUAGACGAGAUGCUGCUAAAGUGCAGCUAUCGAGGCGAUGACAACUGCGGGCCCAAUAACUUCACAACCCUCAACUAG